UACAAAGUAGCCAAACUCUCUAUCUACAUAUAGACUCAAUCUCUUUCCAUCUCCCGAAAACCAUUGCUUCGCGAUGCAUAAAUAGCGUGACAGUCAACAGAGCGAUGAACACCUCGCAUAAACAAACUGUGCCAUCCGAGAGCCUUGAGCGGAAAGUGAAGCCGGAGAUUGGAGAAAAGCAGCAGGACAAUGAACGCGAUUCGCAGGCCGCCGCCGGGUCAAAAAGUUUUCUUAAAAGUACAAGCAAGCAUGGCGAGGAUAAGGCCGUGCUCAUCCAACCCUUUUUCUCAAGCCGUGUCUUGGAAUGGGCUGUUCAUCUCCUCGCAGUCAGCAUAAGUAUCAUUGGUAUUUUCUGGCUUCGCUUUCUCGACGUAUAUUGGAUAGAUGAGUCGACAUGGACAACCUCUUGGGCCUGGGCGUUCUUUGGCCUGGAUGGCAUCCUCAAAGCUCUUCAGUUCAUUACCAAAGUCCAUAUGUUGCUCAUGAUAGCUUCUAUUGCAAGCAUAACGGUGAACUUCUCCCGGCCCCGGCUAGUUGGCCAUAAGGGCGUCGCAUUUGACAACUUCUGGUAUACCGUCAACUUCAUAAGAAAAGACUCCGCAAACAUCAGUCUGAGUAUCUUCAUUCUCUGUUCAGCCAUCCUCUGCCAGCUCGCCGGCCUCGCGUCCAUCGGCGUGAUUCAGCCCAAUCUUGGCUGGUGGCAUAUGCCAGACCCGUACGGUGGCCAGGCAUUGCCAGUUUAUACCCAAUCUAAAAAGAACGAGACAUUCCCUUUGACACUAAACUCUACAACCUUACCGACGUCUACGGCUGGGUUGAAAUGGGACAUGAACUCGUGUUUGACGGCCACUCCUCAGACCUCAGCUCUCGCCUGUCCUGGAUCUGGUUCUGAGAGUCUGAAAGCUUGGACGCUGUCAAAUUUCCAGAAUCAUGCGGUGCCAAAUCUAACCAUGGUAGAAAGUAUCACUAGAGCACGGAGGAUCCUCGCGGCAGAGUCAAUCGGAAAUGGAACCGCCAUCGCGCGUCUUCGGCUUGUUGCGCUCAACUUGGACGGUUCUGUCCCUGCCAAAGCAAAACCACGUCAACAAUGGGGCAUUGGAGAUCCUAUUCAUAUAAGCUCUAAUUGGGCGGAGCUGCUGAACGCUCCGGGGCAUCUUGCCUUUACAAUGACAUCCAGCGAUGGAGAUUUCGUGACAGACUCGGCCGACCUUAUGGAAGGGGCAGCCGACAAAAUGGCUACUAUUCUCAGUCUUGUAAUUGCUGACGGGCUUUCGCGUAUUACCGAUUGGAGCGAGAGCCUGGUCGUCCUGGAUACAAAUGGAGAUAACAUCACUUACUCCUAUCUAAAUGCUCUUUCCGACAAAAUUGAGUACGCAAAUCGGAGUUCCUUUGAUUUAGAACAGAAUACAUUCCUCCGGCUACGAAUCCAACGCUAUGGCUGGGCAUACAACUAAUCUACACUCACAAUAUUAUCCAUUGUUGUUUUAUUAAUACAUAUUUCCAUGGUCAUAUGGUAUGCAAGCUACCAGAUUCGAAGGAGCAGGGACAGUAUGGAGUUGGUUGUGGGAAAGAAAUAUAUUUAAUCACUUCGCUAUGUACUGUAAUAUGUUCUAUUUUU